AUGUCGACACUUACGCCCACCACCAAGAAACGCACCACUCGUGCCUCCACUAAAGACAAAUCAGCCUCCACGGGGCCUGCAGACGAGCUCUGCGACCCAGAGCGGCACAAAAUAAUCGCCCAGCUGUCAGACUAUAUCGGAGAUCGGAAACUUGCUUCGACGGGAUGGGCCCUCCUUUGGUUUACGGAUCUCGCGAUCCUGAGGAAAUAUCUCAAAAUGUGUGAAGAUGAGCCAGGGCAAGCUAUUGUGGCUAACAUCUUUGGUCGGAGUGAAACGAUUAAGGAUAUAAUCAUGUCCUGGAAGUGUCGGCAUAGAGCCUCAUGGUCUUCUGAAGAGGGCCCAGAAGAACCGGAUAUCGAAGAAACCCCCAAAAAGCGCAAGCGUACUUUGAAAACCGCGUCGAAAAUUCCCACACUUGCUGGCAAACCUCUUUCUGCGGCAGAAGGUUCUCAAGUAGAAACGAAGCAGCCGACUGGCCGUAGCGAAGCAGCCAAGACACUAAUCAACAAGUGGAAGGAACAGGUCUUAGGCCCAGGUGGAACUGAGAUCUGUCCAAACUUGAUGUGCAUGUCCAACCUCGCCCAUAAACUCUGGAAAACAGCGCGGUUUGCCCUAAAACCGUUGUCUAUAAGCGAUGAUCAGAUGGUUCUUGAGGUAAAGUUCUACUGGAUGCCGAUAAACAAGUUCUCGCACAAUAUGUCGUCAAAAACAGUCCCGAGUCCUUUCCCUGAUGACCACCUGUCCUCCAUUAAGGUGGAUGGCAAACACAAUGCGAAGCUUUUCAAUAUUGACGAAGAUAAAGCACUGCUCUCCGGAGACGUUCUUACUUUUAAGACCGAUGACCCAGUCGGUCAUCCCCUCCCAUCGGUGGAGCUACUAAAUAUGCAAUGGGCUCUCCAUCGAGUUCUUGCUCUUAGUGGUGCCGCCGAUGCAACCGAUGAAGAUCUUGAUCCCGACUCAGAUAAGCUGCUCUGGGGGCGGGACACGUGGGAGAUGAAUCUAGAGGCAACUGACGAGGACGUUGAGGAAGAAAUGGUGGACGAAAUGGAGAAAGAAGAGGAACUACUGAGUGGCCCUGAUGAAGAAUUUUGGGACGAAGUGGUCGUGGAGGCCCCCAGAUUUAGGGGUCGGACAAAUCCUUCUACCGACGAGAUCUCCCCAAGCCGCGAAAAUCGUCCGGGGUCCAGUCUGCCCAGAUCCAGAUAUGUUCACCAUAAGGAUAAAGGGGAGAAGUUGAGGCAGGGGGAGCAGCCGGAGCAGCCGGAGCAAGAAAGCUCACUUGUUUUGAGAUGCCGGGGUACCAAUAUUCAUUAG